AUGUCUACUUCACGCUUUGUCUGUCGCCUCGCGCGACCAGUGCCGUCUGGCUUUAGCCCAGUUUCACCAUCAAUCCGGCAAUUCGGUACGUCGGCUCGACGCCUGCAAAAUGCCAGCGAUGAAGCUUCCAAGGCGACACAGCAGCACCGCGCCAACCAGGCCAACAAGCCUCCCAAUCAGUUCGUCCCCAACACAACUUCGACCAUGACAAAGGACUUCCCCAAUGUCGGCAAAAAGCCGGCGCCUCCAGAGAUGCUCAACUCUGUCGAGCCCAACUACCGGCCUGCCGAUCCGUACCCGGGAAAGAUUGAGCAUUUCACCGGCGGUCGCCAGGAUAACGGCGCGCAAAAGCCCGAGCUUGACGUCGGCGAGAUGGAAGGCAUCACUUUCAAGGUUGAGCCCUUGAAGCGUGUUGGGGAGGAGCUUGCGACCAAACGGGCACGCCUACUAUAUCAAAGUCGCAAGCGCGGAAUUUUGGAGUCAGACCUGCUUCUCUCCACUUUCGCAGAUGUCAACUUGGGUAAGAUGAACUACGACCAGCUCGUCGAGUACGAUAGCUUCCUUGACGAGAAUGAUUGGGACAUCUACUACUGGGCGACCCAGGACUCUCCAGAGGACCUUCCUCCUUCCACUCCCAAGGAGGAUACCAUCACCGAGACUUGGAAGGAGACUGGUGCCAAGAGUGGUGAAUGGGCGCAGACAAUUGGCGCUUUCAGAGCCGCUUACCGUCCUGUUCCAACACGUUGGCAGAAUUCCGAGGUGCUCACUUUGUUAAGGGAGCAUGUUCGUGAUAAGAGUGCCACGGGCUUUGAGAAGGCGAAGAAUAAGAAGACUGGUGGCGGCGGCGGUUUGGGCAGAAUGCCUGACGUCCAGGUUUUUGACAACUAA